AUGAAUUUAAAAUCUGCUCUACUAAUGAUGGUGAUAGCGAUGCAAACAGUUUUGUGUUAUUAUAAUUCGGAAUUAAAAAACUUCGGAAACUGUCCUAACUUGAAAACCUCAUUGGUUCCUGUUAGAAAGAGACGGCACCUGGCCUUUCCUACGGGAUCUGCAGUUUCAGUAACCACAUCAGCGACAAAAACCUUCAUGACACAUGUCCCUUCAGGCUGGUUUCUUGUCGUUGAAGCCGAGCUGGUCUACAAACUUCCAGAUGCGGAAUUUAUAGCUGCCAGUAAAAGAAGAAAACUGCAUCAUCGCCAGAAGAAAGAGGCGUGGGAUCUAUUGCAAAGUGCUUUCGACAGUCGGAACAUCAAUGGCCGUGUAUGCGUUUUAAGGUCUAUUUGUGAAGCUAAAAUGCAUCUUGCACCGAAAGGAAAAUCUCUUGUACACGAUAUUUUGAGAUCUUUAUUUACGGCUCCUCUACAUGACGAGAAAUUCGUAGAAGAAAUAGGAGAUACUUACAAUGAGUUAUUAGAUUCGGAUUUUUGCGAGAAACCUAACGAUUGUCCGUUCUCCAUCUUCGGUUUAAUACUAAGUCUAAAUAAACAGAGAGAUAAGAUAGUUUAA